AUGGCUGAGAUCGUGCCGUGUGUUGCGAUCUUAGGCCACGAGCCUCAGGACUCCAAAAAAAAUGCGGCUUUUUUAUGGCUUGAUCCACCCCUGCCAAACACUUAUUACAAGGAAACUAUGUGGAAGUUCCAUAUGGAUUUGGAGGAGGCUAACAACAAUAAAGCAUUUGCAAUGGAGGUUUUCAAGCUUUCGGAGGAGGCCAAGAACAACAAAGAAGUUCAACUAGAUAUUUUAAACCUGUUGAAGAUGUUUACAAAAAGGGCAUUUGCAAUGGAGGCUGACAACAAUAAAGCAUUUGCAAUGGAGGUUUUGAAGCUUUCGGAGGAGGCCAAGAACAACAAAGAAGUUCAACUGGAUAUUUUAAACCUGUUGAAGGUGGAGCUACUUAUGAUGGUCAUGCUUUUGGUGGUGGUGAUAGUGAUGGGGUUUAUGGUUCACAAUGUUAUGGUUAAAGCAAUGUGA